GACUCACCUUGAAUUCCGUCCUGUGUGAGAUCCAGAAACCCUCUCUUGGGGUCUGGAUUGAGAUUUCUUUUCCAGUAACAGAAGGACUUAGAAGAUGAGGAAGACAGAGGAGGAAUUAAGGCCCUCCUGGUGGGCAAAGCAGCCUGGGCAAGGGCAUGCAGGAGCUACUGCUGAAGAGUGUGAGGUGGGAUCAGGUAAGACUUGGCAGGCUGAGGGCAUCUGAUGGCAACAGGUAGGAUCUACAAAAGGGAGUGAAUGAGGCCUGCAUGUUUACCCCCAUUGGACAUCCUCUUCUAGAAUCACGGACACCUCCCAAGACCACAUAUCUCUAGCUGUCAACAAACUGUACAAAAAAUGAAAGUACAUUUAGCUUUACCAAGUGCAAAGAAUUUACUUAUCCUGGCUCCUUUUAUGUAACUCUUGCUGCCUCUCCCGUGGGCAUCUUAACUGUUUUCCUUGACAAGAUUUACUCAUCUGUGCCUAAGAUGUUUCCCUCAAAUCUCUUCUCCCUGCUGUCUACCUCAUAGGCUAGACAAGGUCACACUCUGAAAACAAAUAAUAGACUUCCUUUAAAAAUUAAUCACAUGUUGAACAACAGGAUAUGAGACAGAAGACUGAAGAAGGACCUGUGGAAUAUCUCUAAGAAUGAAAUUUCAUCAUGGAAAUUAAAGGCCUUUAGAAAAUCAAAGAACAACAUCCUUCUGAGCUUCACAUGCUCCGGGAAAGGUUUGUGGAUGAGGUGAUGAUUGAGUAGCAUCAUAAGGACUUAGAGGAUGAGGAAGACCUAAGGAUGGAAGUAAGGCCCUUCUGGUGGAUGAAGCAGCUGGGCCAGGGCAUGAAUUUCCAUACAGUCCAGCCCAUUGGAGGGCAGGCACCUGCUGGCAUUCUUACCAUAUGUGGGGCUGCAUCCACUGUGCACUGGGUGUGAGGCUGGCUGGCACUGCUGAUUUUCGUGACCAGGGCUUGUGCAGAAAUCAACCCAGAGUUCUCAUAGGGCAGCAGUGGGAGUCAUGGACACCAGGACUCAUCUGAACCAUGAUGUGCAGGUCCCUCAGUGUUCAGCCAAGGAGGGAAAUAGUGUUGAGAGCAGCCUGUGGAGCCAGAACAUCUGGCUUUUUAUCCCGCUUCUGCCCCUUCCUAGCUGUGUUCUUUCAGCCACCAAAAUGUUGGAGUUUGGCUAACAAAUAAUAUGGUCACCCUUCUGCUAAGGUUGCUGCUAGGAAUGUUGUCACAGGGUUCAACAGUGCCUUUCAAACAGCAAACUGCUACAUAAUUAUGAUUCCUGCUCUACUGAACAUUAAAAAGCAAGUGGAAGCACAUUUGGAGCUGAGUUCGGGGAAGAUUCAUCGGACGACAUGUUGAAAAGGAAGGAUGCUCAGAGAGACCAGCAAGGACAUGGCAGGACUGCAAGUUGCAUCCAGGGUCCAAACCCUCAUCCCUGAUUCCAAAUUCCAUCACCACCCACCACCCAGCACUGCCUGUCCAGCCCAUCAGUUACUCUACUAAUUCACAGCAUCCUUUGAAUCAGUGGAAAGAAAACCCUAAAGAGUUACCAAAGAACUAAACAAAGUUAUCAAUUAAUUUAUAAUUAACCGAGAUAAUCCUUGUAAAAAUAACUUUCAGCGGAGGGUGGAUGGCCUUAAAUUUCCCCACAAAAGGUAAAACUUUCCCAGACAUCCCUUUCUGAAAAUGAGAUGUCAGUGGAUGAGAAAAGCCUGCUCCCAAGAGUAGGUGUGAGGUAUUGCACCUAGGCCCACUGCUGGGAUAAGCUGGCACAGAUACACGGGACAUGACGCUGUCAUUCUCACCUUAAAGAAAGAGACAGAGAAGAAAAGGAAGGGGAGCAAGUGGAGAAGGAAUACAAGAAAGAGGAAGAGAAGCAGGAAGAUUCUACAUACAGGCUGGCUGUGUUUCCCCUGGGGCAUGCUCCUGUUUACUGGUCCCAUGCCAGGUUGACUCAUUGCCUCAUUCAUGGGUGGAAUUAAGAUGCCUACCUGGGGAAUAAAUAGAGCAGGGCCGGGUGCUCACCUCCACAGCGGCUUCCUUGAUCCUUGCCACCCGCGACUGAACACCGACAGCAGCAGCCUCACCAUGAAGCUGCUGAUGGUCCUCAUGCUGGCGGCCCUCCCCCUGCACUGCUACGCAGGCUCUGGCUGCCCCUUAUUGGAGAAUGUGAUUUCCAAGACAAUCAAUCCACAAGUGUCUAAGACUGAAUACAAAGAACUUCUUCAAGAGUUCAUAGACGACAAUGCCACUACAAAUGCCAUAGAUGAAUUGAAGGAAUGUUUUCUUAACCAAACUGAUGAAACUCUGAGCAAUGUUGAGGUGUUUAUGCAAUUAAUAUAUGACAGCAGUCUUUGUGAUUUAUUUUAACUUUCUGCAAGACCUUUGGCUCACAGAACUGCAGGGUAUGGUGAGAAACCAACUACGGAUUGCUGCAAACCACACCUUCUCUUUCUUAUGUCUUUUUACUACAAACUACAAGACAAUUGUUGAAACCUGCUAUAUAUGUUUAUUUUAAUAAAUUGAUGGCAAAAA